AAUAGAAACGCUGACGCCGGGGGAAUUCAACGUUAUUUCCUCGUUUCCUCACCAUCAACGUUUCCGCGGAUAGAGUCUCUGUCAGAAUCGAAUUCAGAAUCCAUCAUUCGCAAAUCUGAUUCUUUCGUUUGCUGUCAAAUGGAUGAAGACGUGUAAUAUACGUGGACGAAGCGGGUGAAGUGAAUCCUAAGCUUGUAUAGUUUUGUUGGUUUUGGAGAACGAGAGAGAGAGGAGGAGAAGGAGGAGGAGGAGGAGGAUGGAGAAGGAGACAGCGGCGUUGAAGAAGGUGGUUGGAGAGGGAUCGGAGAAGGACGGGUCGGAUAGUAGCGGAAGCAGCAGCAGCAAUAAUAAUAGCAAGAGAAACAACAGUAAUGGCGGGGGUGGAAAAGGAGGAGAGGAAAGGGGGGUGUUUGAGUAUUUUGGUUGGGUUUAUCAUUUGGGAACCAAUUCGAUCGGCCAUGAGUACUGCCAUCUUCGCUUCUUAUUCAUAAGAGGGAAAUAUGUGGAGAUGUACAAGAGAGACCCUCACGAGAACCUCGGGAUUAAACCUAUCAGGAGGGGUGUUAUGGGGCCUACACUAAUGGUGGAGGAGCUAGGGCGUCGUAGAGUUAACCACGGGGAUGUUUAUGUCAUACGGUUCUAUAGUCGAUUGGAUGAGGCUAAAAAAGGAGAAGUAAGUUUUGGUUUCGCACAAUUUUAUUGCAAAUUAUUACUUUGGGUUGCUGAGUAUGAGCUUUCAACAGGAGGCAGCACCAGAAAUAAAUUGAACAUUGAGGCCGAGAUCAAUCUGGAUGGACAUCGGCCAAGAGUGAGGCGGUAUGCUUACGGACUAAGGAAGCUUAUAAAAAUUGGACAAGGUCCUGAGUCACUUUUGCGGCAAUCUUCAAACUUGGGUGCUGAUGCUAGAACAGAUGGGUACUUUGAGAGGGACACUGGAGAUGCAAUUGAGCCACAUGAAUGGAAAUGUGUCCGUACAAUCGAUGGUAUCAGAAUCUUUGAAGAUGUGGCGAACUCUAAGAGUGACAGAGGAGUUCUUGUAAAGUCUGUCGGUGUUAUUGAUUCAAGUGCAGACACAGUUUUCGAAGUAAUUUUAAAUCUUGAUCGGCAUCAGAGAUAUGAGUGGGAUAUGUUGACAGGUGACCUGGAACUGGUUGAUUCUUAUGAUGAAAAUAUUUAUGUUAUAUUCUGCAUAUAUUGCAGAUGGCAGUCAAAGAGAGAUUUUGUCUUCUCAAGACAGUGGUUUCGUGGCCAAGACGGAACAUAUACAAUCUUGCAAUUCCCAGCUGUACAUAAGAAGCAGCCGCCAAGAUCAGGAUAUCGACGUACAAAAAUUAAUCCAUCUACAUGGGAAAUCAGAAGUUUGAACACACCAAUGGGUUCAGAUACUGCAAAAUGUCUUGUGACGCAAAUGUUAGAGAUACAUUGUCAGGGCUGGUGUAAAUGGAAGAAAAAUAGUCACUCGAAGUUUGAAAAGAGCAUCCCCUAUGCGUUAUUAAUCCAAGUAGCAGGUCUGAAGGAGUUUAUUGGGGCAAAUCCAGCACUCAAAUAUGAAUCUUCCACCACGGUCUUACAUUCAAAGCUUCCUGAUAUUUCUUCUUCCAUGGAUGAUUAUGAAGAUGUACAAGUGCAAGAUCAGUUUUAUGAUGCAACUGAUUCAUCAUCUGAAGAGGAAGACAGUGAUGAUGAUCAGGAACAAGACAAGAAGGAGAUCAAAGUCAAGUUGAAGAAUGUUUCUUGGGCUAUUCAGAGCUUAGCUUUGAAACGAACUUCAGCCGUAGAUGCAAGUAAAGAGUUAGAUUCAAGUGUUGCCCCCAUCAAUAUUGACCUGGGCCAGUUCCAGGGGACCUUGCAGAAAGGAAAGAGUGAUUCUGACUCAAACUGUUGGACAUCUCCCAGUGGCAUGGGAUUCAUGAUCAGAGGAAAGACUUACUUGAAAGAUAAUUCCAAGAUUAUGGGUGGAGAUCCGCUUCUCAAGCUCAUAGCUGUUGAUUGGUUUAAAGUUGAUGAAGCCAUAGAUAAAGUUGCAUUGCACCCCAGGUGUCUAGUUCAGUCAGAAGCUGGGAAAAAGCUUCCCUUCAUUCUUGUUGUUAACCUUCAGGUAUGCAUAUUAUGGAAAUUUAACAGUGGAUCUACAAAAAAAGAAUUUGAAUUACAGAAUAGGGUGUGAUAACGAGGGAUUCAGUUGUAGGAACAGUGAAGAUUCUUGAAAAAAAGAAGGGCUAAAUGCUUUCCUGUUCUUUGAAAUGGAAUUCCUGUCCUGUUGUUGGAGAAUUUCUUAUCGUCCAUUUAUUUACUUAAAUCCUUUUUUCGUAUCUUCCAUCACUUUUCGUCCUUUUUCAGUUCUAAAAGAAAGAAGGCAAUUAACCCUCCCUUUCUGAUUUCACUAAGCCUGUGAUUUCUUGAAGAGGCUAGACUUUCCCCGCUUCCUAACCUCAGGCAGUCAUAGUAAUCCCAGUCAUUAAGGUCAGAAGGUCAGGGUAAGGUUGGGUAAGUUGGUUCGGGCAUGCUUGGCUCGCUAGGAUAUUAUCUUGAUCACAGACAGUCAGCGCAUUCGUAACAUACUCACUACCCCAAGACUUCUACUCCUAUCAUUCAUAUUCAUACCAGCCGAAAGUCAGUAGCUCUUAUGCUUCGGUCAGUGCUGGGCUCAGUCCCUUCCGUCCGUCCCUAGUCAGUCUUUGUGCUCGCCUGGCACCCCUGGAAUCUUUAUUGGCACCUUACAAAUCCAACCCGACAAUUCAUUCUUCCUCAGAAUCGGGUUCCAAGUGUGCAAAGUUCCAGAUCUUUAGAAAAAGCAAAAGUAGAAAACAAGAGGUGGAAGACCGGAAUCUUUAAUGGACUUAAAUCCUUUUUUCGUAUCUUUUUCUCGUUCACAAUAAAACGCUUUCAAAUUGCUUGACUCCAUCUAUUCAGUAAUUGAACCAAGAAGUCAGUUUUGAUCUAGGUAACAAGCUUGUCUCCAUGUAUUUUUUGUAUGAUGAGAUUACAGCAUGGUGUAAUGUUCUUUUCAUGAAACAUGUAAUAUGCAAAAACAGUCAAAAUAUAUGCUCCCCUGUUCUAUGUAAAUUAAUAGCCAAAUUGAGACAGUUGAAUGUGAGAAUCUACUUCAAUGUGAGC